CGCAGUGUUCGUAGACGCGGGUUUCCGCGGUCUCGGAGAGUGAAUCGAUUUCGCGCGGACCGACGAUCUAGAGUUCAUUUCGGAUUUGGUUGGGGACGGUGUAGGUGGCUGAGCUCCUUGGCACAUCGUGCCAUUGUUGCGUGAGUGUAAAUAAGCGGCGUCCUUUGUGGUAAAGUCCGAAAAGGUCUGGAAGUAUUUGACCAUACGAGACACGCGCCGAACGCCUGAAUUCAUCCACGGGAAGAUUUCCCUCUGGUUGACAGGUUGAACCUAGAUAUAGGGUCGGUGGGCCGCAGGGGGUCACCGUGGACCAGUUCCUCAAAGGCGUCGGGCGGCAGCUGUCUCAGCUGCUGCCCGGCAACAACGAUGUGGAGACGGGGGUGCGCGACCAGCAGCAGACGAUGGAGAUCAUCAAGAAGCCCAAGGUGGAGAAGGUGCGCAUGCUGGAGCGCUUCACCGCCGCGGAACCGGCUCCGGGGACCCUCUACCUCACCGCCACCCACCUCAUCUUCGUCGACCCGCGCAACAAGAAGGAGACUUGGAUCUCGCACAUGCACGUGGGCUCCGUGGAGAAGCUGCCGCUGACGCCGGGCGGCUCGCCGCUGCUCGUGCGCUGCAAGAACUUCCGCUCGGCCACGUUCGUGUUUCAGCGCGAGCCCGACUGUCACGACAUCUUCACGUCGCUGCAGCAGCUGUCGCAGCCAGUGGAACUGGAAGACCUGUACUGCUUCCACUUCACGCCGCGCAGCACGGAGCUGCGCCAGCCCGACGGCUGGGACACGUACGACCUCAGCGACGAAUUCAGGCGGAUGGGCGUACCAAACGACGUAUGGGCGCUGACGGACAUGAACGCUGCAUACGAGGUGUGCGACACGUACCCGUCGCUGCUCUGCGUGCCGGCCGCCGCCAGCACGGCCGUCCUGCUCGGCUGCUCGCGCUUCCGAAGCAAGGGCCGCCUGCCGGUGCUCAGCUACCUACACUCGAAUCAGGCCAGCAUCUGUCGGUGCAGUCAGCCGCUGUCCGGCUUCAAGGCGCGCUGUCUGGAGGAUGAGCAAAUGCUGGAGCUGCUACGCGGCACCAACCCGUCAGAGAAGCUGAUGUAUGUCGUGGAUACGCGGCCCAAGAUCAACGCUAUGGCAAAUAGAGCGUCAGGGAAAGGCUACGAAAACGAGAACUUCUACCAGAAUAUCAAGUUCUACUUCUUCGGCAUCGAAAAUAUUCAUGUUAUGCGAAAUAGCUUAAAUAAACUGGUGGAAACCUGCGAGAGCAAGACGUCGGCCAUGUCGACGUUCCUGUCGGGCCUGGAGUCGAGCGGCUGGCUGCGGCACGUGCGCUCGACGCUGGAGGCGGCGCAGUUCGUGGCCGCCUCGGUGGAACAGGGCGUGACGGUGCUGGUGCACUGCAGCGACGGCUGGGACCGCACCUCGCAGACGUGCGCGCUCGCCGAGCUGCUGCUCGACCCCUACUACCGCACCAUCCAUGGCUUCCAGGCUCUGAUCGAGAAGUGCUGGCUGGCGCACGGUCACAAGUUCACGGACCGCUGCGGCUUCAUCCAGCAGGACCCCAAGGAGAUCUCUCCCAUCUUCACGCAGUUCAUCGAUGCGGUGUGGCAGCUGAGCCAGCUGCAGCCCCAGGCGUUCCAGUUCAACGAACGGUACCUGCUUACCCUGCACGACCACGUGUUCUCGUGCCAGUUCGGGACGUUCAUCGGCAACUGUCACAAGGACCGGCAGGACCUGCGGUGA